AUGCCUAGCUCCGACUCCGCCUACACGCCCUCCUCUUCCUCCCCAGCCAGCUUUCAUCUGGCAGACGGGCUAGGCUCUGCUCUUCAACAGAAUCACCGGUCGGUCAUCCGCCUUAACCUGCAGCAUUUCUUAUGGCGCCAAGUCUUCGGCUACAGCAUCCAUCCUUCUAUCCCCACCACGCCAACGUCGCUUCAAGAAUGUGACCGAUGUAGCCUGUGGCACGGCCCUCUGGCUGAUCGAUGUGGCCCAAAAGUACCACAUUCAGGGUGGCUGCCGUCCAACAUCCAUCUGGACCGCUGGGACUUGUUCACUCCGGUACCCCAGCAGUUACAGGAGCAGUAUGAUCUCGUGCACGUCCGGCUGUUAGUGCUGAUUUUAUCCGGGCUGGAUCCAAUACCGGUUAUCCAACGGUUCUUCCAGCUAGUCAAGCCCGGAGGGUAUCUGCAGUGGGAUGAGCUGGAUUGCGCCAAUCUGUGCAUCAAAAAGGUGGAUCCGUCCAUUGCUGCACCGGCCUUGGAGGAGAUUCGAGUGGUCUCGCAUGCCGAUGGUCGCCAUGAUUGGGCUUUGGAACUGCCGCGGCUGUUGGCUGAAGUUGGUUUCCAGAAGGUGACCAUCGAUCACUACGAUGAACCCCCGGAGAUGGUUCGGGCUUUCAACGAUCUGCAUUUGUUGACCAUGGAGGAAUUUGCAACCAGACUGGCAGGCCAGACCCAGCACAAGGCUGCGAUGAGAUUCACUCAGCUCAUCCAGGCUGGCUAUCAGGAGUCAGUGAAUGGGGUCGCCCUUUCAUUUCCGCGGGUGGUGGUCGUGGCUAAGCAAAAGGACUAA